AUGGCUUCUCCACAGGUUAUUCGCACUCCCAUCACUGAUCUUCUCAAGAUCAACCACCCAGUUCUGCUGGCUGGUAUGAACGUGGCUGCUGGUCCCAAGCUGGCCGCUGCCGUCACCAAUGCCGGCGGUCUCGGUGUCAUUGGUGGUGUCGGUUACACCCCGGAGAUGCUCCGCGAGCAGGUUACCGAGCUCAAGAGCUACCUGAACGACAAGAACGCCCCCUUCGGUGUGGAUCUUUUGCUGCCCCAGGUCGGUGGCAGUGCCCGCAAGACCAACUACGACUACACCAAGGGUAAGCUCAAUGAGCUGGUCGACAUCAUCAUCGAGAGCAACGCCAAACUCUUCGUCUCCGCCGUCGGUGUUCCCCCCAAGGCCGUCGUCGAGAGACUCCACGCCGCCGGUAUCCUCUGCAUGAACAUGAUCGGUCACCCCAAGCACGUGCAGAAGGCGCUCGACGUCGGCGUCGACAUCAUCUGCGCUCAGGGUGGUGAGGGCGGCGGUCACACCGGCGACGUCCCCACCACCAUCUUGAUCCCCACGGUCGCCAAGCUGGUCCAGGGUCGCAAGAGCCCGCUGACCGGCCAGCCCGUCCAGGUCGUCGCCGCCGGCGGUCUGUACAACGGCAACUCUGUCGCGGCCGCCCUUAUGCUGGGUGCUUCCGCCGUCUGGAUCGGUACCCGUUUCAUUCUGUCCGAGGAGGCCGGCGCCCCCGUCGCUCACCAGGAGGCUGUCCGCACUGCUGGGUUUGAGGAUAACAUCCGUACCAUCAUCUUCACUGGUCGUCCCAUGCGUGUUCGCAAGAACGCUUAUAUCAGCAACUGGGAGGAGAACCGCCAAGACGAGAUUAAGAAGCUUACUGCCCAGGGUAUCAUUCCCGUCGAGCACGAUUUUGAGAACUUGCCCGAUGAUGUUGACGAUGAGACCCUCGACAAUGCCCGUCCAUUCCUGAUGGGCAAGGUUGCUGCUGUUGUGAACGAGAAGAAGUCGGCCAAGGCUAUUGUUGACGAGCUUGUCACGGAUGCCGCUGCUCUGAUUAAGAAGGGUAACCAGAUGGUUGCCAAGUUGUAA